UAUUCUAGCAUAUAUAUGACAUAGUUCUUUGUGAUGUUUACUUAGUAACUGCUAUAACUAAUCAAUAGUAUAAUCAAUAAUCAAAAUCACAAUUGUUGCACAGCUUCAUUGUGCUACUCGUGGAGUCGAAGUCUGGACGAUCGACCGAAUUGCGGGGAAACUCCAUUUCGCUAACAAAGAGCCAUCAGCUUCCAACUCAUCACCACGUCUUUCUCCCCACUCACACAAUGCCUCUUGCUCACAGACAGCCCCUCGGUGCAUCAUGGAGGUUCCCAAAGCACGGGGGACGGGCAGAUCAGGCCCGCGACGACGAACAGGCUGUUUGACCUGUAGGGCGCGGAAGGUUCGGUGUGACGAGGAAAAGCCCAACUGUGCCAACUGCAUCCGGCUUCGACUCCGGUGUGUCUACAAGACGAUUGUCCCGGGUAUCGCGCCUCGCCAGCGAAGUGAGCGAUCCUCCGUCUCGGUAGACUCGGCAACGACCACUCCGUUCCCCCCAUCCCAUCCAGAUGAGAAUUUCUUCAAUACAGUCCUCCGAGCUGAUGCCCAGCGUCAGCGCCAGCAGCAGCAAAAUAAUGUGACGAAUUCGCUACGACCGAUGAACGGUGAACCGGCUUCCUACGGACCGGAAUUUCAAGGACCAUUCGAUAUGCUUGGGUUUAUCGGGGAGAUCACAUCAGAGCUACAACAGAAACACCUCGAUUUGACAAACGGGGUAUCGGAUUUAAGAAAUCCAACGCCACCAGCGGUUACUAUAGCCCAUGGCCAUGGGCCAGCAUUCAAUAAUCAACGCCAGCAGGCGUUAGGACCCGAAAGAUCACCACUGCAAAACGGACUUUCCGCCAUAGCCGGCAGUGACCAUCAUUCAGAAAGAUUCGACUCGGAACCCCCAGUCAGCAGUCCAUGGCCGGAACCACGGGCAACGUAUGAGGAACAAUUGGUCAUGCAUUUUCUGGACAUCGAGUCACCGCCAACGAUCUUUGGGCCGGUGAAUAUGGAGUGGAAGUAUGUGCGGCCGGAGAUUGUGGCAAAUUCUCGUGGCUUUGACUCGUUGCUAAGCGCUAUCUAUUGUUACGCGGAUAUCCACAAGGCAAUGAUGGAGGGGGAGCGGUGGAAGUUGGCACCAAUGUAUCAUCGAUUGGCCAGCUCAAAGAUCCAGUCGUGUAUAUCAGGAGAUGUGGAUGAUUUUACAUUGAAGAGGGUGUUUGCUACUGUAUUUCUACUCAUGCUAUCGGAGCUAUUAACCUCCUUGGAGUUGUGCCGCCCCGGAACGUCAUUGCUCCACUCGGCAUACCUCCUGCUACAACGUUUCCACAGCCAAACAAAGUCCUGGGUCGGCUUCGGCUAUCUGAUGGUCUCGUGGAUCUCAUUACUAGACGUCAAAUCGCUGAUUGCAGGACGCGACGGCGACCCGCUGAUCGAACUGGGCCACCUCAGUGACCCCAUGACAGAAGGCAACGGACAGCGAUUCGACAGACUCCCAAGUGGCUAUGCAGGAUGUAAAGAAGAGGAAGUCGACGACCUUUUCGCUAAACCAGGAUACCUCGUCUACGAGGCGAUUGUCGGACCGGCGUUUCGAUUCUUCACCAAAGCACAACAGGUAAUCCGACGCAUCGUCUGUCUGGAUCUCCACCAUCGCAGCCGUGGCACUUUGAGCGAUGAGUUUGAAGUCCUUCAAAUUGCGCACAAAGUGGGUGCAGAUCUUGAAACACUCUGGAAUUGUCGUCCCCGCGUGUUGGAUGUCUACGACCGGCCGGAGGAACUAUUUGACACAUUAAGCCAGCCCGUGGCGCUAGAAGUAUGUCGCACAUUCCGACAAUACGUCGCCAACUUCCUCGCCAACUUUGUCUAUCUGCACCGAGUUGCUUUUGCCAUUUAUCCACGAACAGAUCGGGUCAACGGGGCCGUGGACCAGAUCAUUCAGCUGGCCACGGUAGAGUCUGCAGGCACGAAGCAUCUGCCAGUGAGUUUCUUCUGGCCACUCUUCGUGGCGGGGCUGGAAGGCUCGCUGGAUCAACGGCUGUGGAUCGUGCAGGAAAUGCAGCAGAUGGCAUCGUGGACGGGGGAGACGACAUGGCGGCAUCCCAGCGCUGGAAAAGCGUUGCUGUUGCUGGAGGAGAUGACGCGGCGGCAAGAUGCGUCUCGGACGUGGGCUGAUUCGAGGUUCGUGAGACAAGAGCUCUUUGCUGAUUUUUUCGUCAUGAUUUGAUUGACACUGUAUAUGCUAUGACCUGACCUAUUCAUGAUGAGUCUGUUGAUGUACUGUACCAGCUAUAUACCAUUUUUGCACAUAUGAUAGAUUGAAAUAUAUAU